UCCUGUCCACAGCUCUGGACCUGGUGGACCUCAGUGAGCCGGGGGAGAGCAGCGGGGGCAGUGAUGGAGGAGGAGGAGGAGGAGGAGGAGGGGUCUGUAAAAAGGAGCCGAGGAGGAGUCCUCUGAGGAGGAAGGGCAGCUCCAAGAGCCCCCGACGACGCACCAAACCUGACGAGACAGAGCUGAUCCAGGUGGAGGUGGAACACCUGCCGGCCAGUCCCAGGACACCUGAGAGGAUCUCCCUGGACUCAGUCAGUCUGUCGUCUCCACUAGACAAAUGGGACGAUGUGAACCUGGACAUGGAGGACGGAGGACGCAGGAGGUACGAGAAGAGAUGCACCUCCCACCACUCCUCCAGCGAACUGCUGUGGUCUGCAGACUUUAAAACUGACCCUCUGAAUAAGAACUCCUUCGACAUCCACAGCUUCGAUGACCUCGACUUCAUUUCCUCUUCACAGGACUGUGGGGUGUCCAGGCAGCGCAGACGGACUCGCUCCCUGCUGGCCAGAAAGGAGUCUCUGGAGGACGAGUUUGUCAGAGCCAAGGCAGCUGUAGAG